AUGGUGUCGUCGACCACCGGCAAGAUACUCGAAACCCCACCAGGGCCUGCCUACUGGGUCGCCAACAUGGUUUCGCCUGUGCUCUUUAGCCAGGCCGCACAUGAGCUGAUAACGGGACCAGAGGCUGUUGGUUGCCUUUUCGAAAUUGGGCUAAGUGACGCACUAUCCGGACCAAUAAACCAGACCAAAAAAGCCGCCUCCUCAUCAGUUAAGUAUGUCUCGGCCUGGAAGCGCGGCCCUAACGCGAUCUCGGCCUUGCUACAUGCAGCUGGGACGCUGUUCUCCAUGGGCUACCCCAUAUCGCUGACAAAAUUCAACGAUGAAGGAGGCGACGCUCACCCUGUGUUUGUGUCGGACCUACCCAACUACCAGUGGAACCACUCCGUGAAAUACUGGCACGAAAGCGAAUCCAGUCACGACUGGCGCUUCCGCAACGACAUCACUUGGCUGCGCGACCAUCUUGUCGGAGACAGCGUCAUCUUCCCCGCGGCGGGCUACAUUGCUAUGGCUAUUGGAGCCAUCUACCAGAAGACGUAUGCAACUGGGCAGAUCCCCGAGGGGACUUCCAUCUCCGAACUCCCUUUCAAACUGCGCAACGUGACAUUCCCCCAAAUGCUCGCACUGGACACAAAAAGCGGUACCUAGAUCCUAUUGUCGUUACAACCGUGCUCCAGCGCUAAGGAGUCAUGGCACGAGUUCACGGUCAGCACGAUCACAAAGGAUGGCUCAAUUGAAUAACACUGCCGAACCCCUGUAGACGUUGCUAACCAAAGUCUUCCUCGAUCACUUGCCAAUGCGUCAGAUAUUGCACCUUUGCAACACCCGGUCUCAGGCGCCGUAUGGUACAAGGCCAUGCGUCGGGUUGGCUACCACUUCGGGCCUUGCCUUCCAGCCCUGCCAGCAAGUCGAGGCCAAGGCGGACUCGCGUCAGUGCCGGGCGUGAUAUAAUAGUAUUGUUGAACCAACUCUGUUUGACUCUCUAUUGAAGAAAAGUCCACUCAUUGGACUCCUAUAGGAGAAUACUACUACUUCAG